CAAAAUCAAAAGCGAAAUAUACUUAUGACAAUUUUAUAAAUUGGAAAACAAAAAAAAAAUGCCCAUAGUUUUUUCGAACACGUAUUUUUGGCAUAUUAUAAAGAACUGGCAGAAACGAAAAAGUCUUCAACAUUGUGGGCAUUGUACUCCAUGCUUAAGAAAAAUAAAGCAAUAAAGAAUAUUUACUUACUUACUUACUUACUUAAAGCCACAAUGCAGGUGAAGCAUAAUAUAAACAUAAAAAGCUAUGUAAACUUAACUAUGUGGCUAAAACCACAGGCAGAUGGAUACAAGGCAGAGAAAUCAAAGAUAUUUAGUUCAGAAGUACAAGCAUUCCUAAAUCAGGCACCCGAUAAGAUAUAUCUGGCCACAAAGGUAACUAAGCCUACUUAUAGAAAUGACCAUAAUAAUACAUUAUAUUACGAAUAAAAAAAUAAUUAAAUGAUCUGAAAAUUUUAUUUAUACAUCAUCUUAUUUAUCAAUAUGUAUAAGACUAUUCACAACUUUGCCUAAACCUAAUACGUAAAAUUAAAAAUAUUUCAUUAAACAACUGACUACACUUACUAAUAACAAAAAAAUCAUAUACUUAUCUAUUUGUAUGUACACUUAUCAACAUAUCAUUUACAGGUUGCUUUAAUCUUGGGCAUCAAUGGUGCAUGUAGAGGUGGUGAUUUGACAAAUAUAAUAUAACCACCAGCAAUAUUGAAUUGCAAGGGAAAUUAGCGAUAGUUAAGCUUCGAGCCACCAAGACUAAAAUAGACCAUUCCUUCGUGGUCCGGGAUGAGUAUUUGGACAUUUUCAAAAAAUAUUAUGCCUUACGGCCUCAGAGCACACAAUAUAUCAGGCUUUUUCUGAACUACAUAAAGGGAAAAUGUACUAGGCAAGUGAUUGGACGGCAUAAAACGUUAUCCCUGCCAAGACAAAUAUAUAGUCCAGUUUUUUAAUUUGGAACACCCCGAGCUCUAUACCGGACAUUGCUUCCGUCGCACAUCUGUGACAUUUCUGGCAGACUCGGGAGCUAGUCUACGGGUCCUCAAGAUGCAUGGUGGGUGGAAAUCCGACCAAGUUAUUGAAUGCUAUUCUGUUGAAAAUAAGGAGAAAAUUACAAAGAGUGUCACAUAAUAUAUUGUCCUAGAAUACAAAAAUAGCACAGCCCAAUCUAAUGCACAACCAACAAAUCCACUGCCAUCUGCCCGUUGUCAACCGCCAUUGCAUUCCCACUAGCCUCAAGAUUUUCAUUUGUCGGCACCACAAUCUUCACUCGGAUAAUCACAUCCUCAGCCUCCUCAAGUGAGAGCAAGUGAACAAUCCUCCACUCGCAUUGUAUAAUCACAACCUGGCUCAUCAGCAGAAAUUCAGCACACCAUCAUAACUGUUCCUAGCAAAACAAUCACAAUAUCAAUAACUAAUUGUCCUAAUAUGGCUAAUGACUCAUUUAAUAUUUCCUAAAUUUGUUAAAUAAUCUGUCAUGCUUACCUAGUUUUACGAACGAUUUUGGACAAAGAUGUAGAAAAUAUAUUGUACCUAGAAUCUUUAAUGACUUACCAUCAGAGUAAAAAGUACAUGCUUUGUUACAAAGCAAUCAUUUAAAAAGAAAGUAAGCAGCGUACUACUAACUAAAUUAAAAACACAAUACAGUAAAAGUAAAGUAAUAAGUUUAAUAUGUAUAAACAGAUAUUAGUAAUAGUGAUUCUUAAGUAAUCACAAACAAGAUAGUAAACAGUGCUGUAUUGUCUUUUUUGCCAUUGCUAUUAAUAUUAAUAUUACCAAUACCAGAUAUAUAAGAACCUUUAAUGUUUUGUUUACUAAGCAUCUUUUAACCCGAAAUGCAUUAUGUUUUAGUAUUUUAAACUGUAACUCGACAGUUUAGACUACAACGCUUAAUAUAUAAGUUUAGUUUAUCUACAUAUCUAGCGACAAGUACCUUUUGCAAUUCUUCUGAUUGAUUAUUGAGAUUGAGAAGAGGUUUAAUUUAAUUUUGGUUACAACAAAUUGACAACAAUGACAAGUGUCAAUUCUAAAGGUGUCUAAAGGUUCGUUCAGUAACUUAGUUUCGUACUUUUUAAAAGUAACGUGAUAAUAAAUAUAAAUGUAUGAAGUAUCUGUUUUCUAUUAAAAACCGAGUUAAAAUAUAGCGAAAUAGAACGUAUUCACACUUUAGUUUUAGUUUUUGUCUUGUUUACUUAUAAUUUCUUUAAAAUAAAACUUUUUUUGUUGUCUUUUUCAUUGCAUGUUUGGAAAAAGCACUAUAGAUACCUCGGCGGGAAAUAUGGGGUUGUCCGCCUCAGACCUAUCCGUCCUCGCUUCGCUCGGCCGUCUAUAUGUCUUCGGCCGGCAACCCCUUUCGUCCCGACCUCUGUAGUAAUGUAUAUGAUAAGCAACCUCCCUAUUCUUUACCUGUCACUAUGAGAAGUCGAAUAGGCCCCCUGCUCAUUAAUCCGCGCCCCUUUGCUCCUACACGCUGUAUUCUUCCAUCGAAUUCGACCCAAUUACGCUUCUUGUGAUUGAUUUCAAAGCAAACAGGUUCUACUCGUAAAAAUAUGACGUAAUAUUCCAUACUUGCAUAAUAAAAACACUGGCAAAUACAAUGAUAUUAUGUACAAUAGUCAGUAUCAGAAAAAAUAUCGUAAUUUGUAAAGAAAAUGAACUGAUGAAACACCCUUUGUGCCUGACUAACUUGAGUUGACGUCUUUAUUUAUACAGCAAUCACUUAUUAUGUACUUAAACUUUGAGAAAGCGAGUUAGAUAUAUAUUUUCAAACUAAGGACAUUUCCCAUAAAAGACUUUUUAGGUAAGUACCUACUUACAUAACGACUCAAUAUUUUAUCGCGUCUUUUGUUAUAAAUGAAGAUAUUUUACGUGUUAGAACUCGACAAACCGGCUUAGAAUUAGCUUCGUGCUUUAUUUUUAUAUUAAACUUCUUUAAUUUAUUAAAUUGUGUUCGAGUAUACAUUUAUUAUUCUAAUUUAAUACCUAAAUAAAAAACCUAUUCUUUACUCAACUUUCUCUUUGCAAGAAAAUUUCUUCCUAAUAAUUAUUUCCAAUAAAGUAAAUGAAGUCUAAUGAUAUUCAUUCGUUUGUGGCUAUAAUUCCAAUAACCGUGUUAGCGCCGCUAUGAUCAAGCAAUAUGGAAACGCCGAGCAACUUCAUUGCGGGGAUGAACGGCGCUCCGCGGCUCCGCGGCCGGCCGCCACCGCCGCCCUCCCCGAGUGCGCGUGCGCGCUGCAAUCGAUCUUCAAAAACCGCACGCUUUUCCAAUACUCGCCCGAACUUGGAUACAAAACCGUUAUUGGUAUGGAACUGCUGAUAGCAAAAAUUGACUAUUUCGACUUAUUCCUUAACCAAUUCGAACUCAUCGAUAUCCUACGCAUGCUGUUGGCGCGAGCCCACGAGGACGGCGACGAGCCGGUGCUGAUUUAGCGCCACCACCAUGGCCUUACCACUCUACAGGUCGGAGAUGUCUCAUCGAAAUAGAAAAGUUACCCUACGGAUAAAAUAGCUUAUUGAAUUGUACAUUUCCAUGAAUGUGAUCUUAUGCGCCUAAGUUACCUAAAAAACAAACAAAAAAAUCUUUUAUACAUUAAAACAAAAAUUAUGUACGCUGA